AUGGAGAAUAUGUGGGAACAGGACAAGGCUGUGAGGCAGCAAUGGACAGGAAUCUUCAGUAAAAGAAAUAAAAGGCAGAGAGAUGAAAUCCUGGAACAACAAGAAGGAGUGAAAUCCAGAAAAGAGAUGGUGGACGGACUGAUUGAGAGAAAGGGAACAGUCAGUGAGAUCAUUCAGCAGAAUAAGAUUGAGGUGAAAAGUCAGAACAUUUCUAAAGCUGUUCCCUGUGUGAUAUGGAAGGAGAAAGCACCGUCCGCAGUGGAGAGAAACCGUACACGUGUUGUGUGUGGACGAGGUUUCAGCCGAUCAUCUCGUCUGUCAAAACAUAAAUGCAGUCACAACAGGGAGAAGCCGUGGAAAUGUGGGGACUGUGGGAAGGGAUUCAGAUCCCCGUCUGACCUGGAAAAGCAUCGGCGCAGUCACACUGGGGAAAGACCAUUCACCUGCUCCACGUGUGGGAAGGGAUUCACAAUUUCAGCCCACCUGCUGACACACCAGCGAGUUCACAGUGAAGAGAGGCCUUUUGGGUGCCCAAACUGUGGGAAGUGCUAUAAAAGUUCUGGGGAAUUGAUGUCCCAUCAGCGAGUUCACACUGACGAGAGACCUUUUAAAUGCCCAGACUGCAGCAAAUGCUAUAAAAGUUCCAGUGAACUGAUGUCCCACCAACGUGUCCACACUGACGAGAGACCGUUCAGGUGCUCUCAAUGCGGGACUGGGUUCAGGCGAUCAUCUCAACUCAUUGUACACCAGCGAGUUCACACUGGGGAGAGACCAUUCACCUGCUCCGAGUGUGGGAAGGGAUUCACUCAGUCAACUGACCUCCUGACACACCAGCGAGUUCACACUGGGAAGAGACCAUUCACCUGCUCUGAGUGUGGGAAAGGAUUCACUCAGUCAUCCAACCUGCUGACACACCAGCGAGUUCACACUGGGGAGAGGCCGUUCACCUGCCCCAAGUGUGGGAAGGGAUUCACCACCUCAUCCAGUCUCCUGAGACACCACCGAGUUCACAGUGGAGAGAAACCGUACACGUGUUGUGUGUGUGGACGAGGUUUCAGCCGAUCAUCUCGUCUGUCAAAACAUAAAUGCAGUCACAACAGGGAGAAGCCGUGGAAAUGUGGGGACUGUGGGAAGGGAUUCAGAUGCCCGUCUGACUUGGAAAAGCAUCGGCGCAUUCACACUGGGGAAAGACCAUUCACCUGCUCCACGUGUGGGAAGGGAUUUACUCUUUCAAACAACCUGCUGAGCCACCAGCGAGUUCACAGUGAAGAGAGACCUUUUGGGUGCCCAGACUGUGCAAAGUGCUAUAAAAGUGCUGGGGAACUGAUGUCCCAUCAACGUGUUCACACUGACGAGAGACCAUUCAGAUGCUCCCACUGUGGGACUGGGUUCAGGCAAUCAUCUCAACUCACUGUACACCAGCGAAUUCACACUGGGGAGAGACCAUUCACCUGCUCUGAGUGUGGGAAGGGAUUCACUCAAUCAUGCAACCUGCUGACACACCAGCGAGUUCACACUGGGGAGAGGCCGUUCACCUGCCCCAAGUGUGGGAAGGGAUUCACCACCUCAUCCGGUCUCCUGAGACACCAGCGAGUUCACAAAUAAUUACCAGAACUGAAGGAUGUUCAUUGGGGUCUGUUUUUACUUAUGUUAAUAAUCUUCAGCCCAGUUUUUGGGGCUAAUAUUCUGGCUAAAAGUCAAAUAAAUCAGUUUUGUGUUAAACACUGUUUUGAAUCUUUUUAAUAUCUCUAACAUAAGUUAGUUCCUUUUGAAGGGCUCUCCCUCUCCCCUGUCUCCUCCAUCCUCACCUCCAACAAGUGUGAGGAGCUCAUGGAUCUUCUCUAUCACCAAGAUUGAGACAAUCCAAUUAGCUGCCUUUGCUGC